CUCUUCGUCCUGCGUCUGUCUGUUUGUCUCUCCCGCCCCAUCUGUCUCUUUCCUGGUCUGUGUCACCUCCCGACUAUCUCUUUCUCUGUCUCUCCCGGCUGGCUGACGUCCUCCCAGUCUCUGCCCUGCCCCAGGGCUUGCCUCCCCGGGUGCUGCUCUGCCGGUCACACUUUGUCACCUCCAUUCUCCCGGGGGCACCCGGAGGCAGAAAGGGUCGGGCCCCCGGGGAGGCUGCAGGCUCCCUGGGCUGACCGCCGCUCUCCUCUCCCUGUUCCUGGCAGCGAGACCGUGGUCUGCUCCAGCCGGGCCACUGUGAUGCUCUAUGAUGACAGCAACAAGCGGUGGCUGCCCGCCGGCACGGGCCCCCAGGCCUUCAGCCGCGUCCAGAUCUACCACAACCCCACGGCCAACUCCUUCCGGGUGGUCGGCCGGAAGAUGCAGCCAGACCAGCAGGUGGUCAUCAACUGUGCCAUCAUCCGGGGUGUCAAGUACAACCAGGCCACCCCCAACUUCCAUCAGUGGCGCGAUGCCCGGCAAGUCUGGGGCCUCAACUUUGGCAGCAAGGAGGAUGCGGCCCAGUUCGCUGCUGGCAUGGCCAGUGCCCUAGAGGCCCUGGAAGGUGGUGGGCCUCUGCCACCUGCCCCUCCCACCUGGCCUGUCCAGAACGGCCCCUCCCCGGAGGAGGUGGAGCAGCAGAAAAGGCAGCAGCCGGGGCAGCCGGAGCAAGUGGAGCGUGAGCGCCGGGUCUCCAAUGCAGGCCCACCUGCUCCCCCAAGUGGUGGGGGACCACCUCCACCUCCAGGACCUCCUCCUCCCCCGGGGCCCCCUCCACCUCCAGGUCUGCCCUCCUCGGGAGCCCCAGCUGCAGGCCAUGCAGCAGGGGGAGGUCCACCCCCUGCACCCCCUCUCCCCACAGCACAAGGCCCCAGUGCGGGAGGGGCUGGAGCCCCUGGCCUGGCCGCCGCCAUUGCUGGAGCCAAACUCAGGAAAGUUAGCAAGGAGGAGGCCUCAGGAGGGCCCUCAGCCCCCAAAGCUGAGAGCAGUCGAAGCACUGGGGGGGGGCUCAUGGAAGAGAUGAACGCCAUGCUGGCCCGGAGAAGGAAAGCCACACAGGUCGGGGAGAAACCCCCCAAGGAUGAGUCUGCCAAUCAGGAGGAGCCAGAGGCCAGAGUCCCAGUGCAGAGUGAAUCUGUGCGGAGACCCUGGGAGAAGAACAGCACAACUUUGCCAAGGAUGAAGUCCUCUUCAGUGACCACUUCCGAGGCCCACCCCUCUACGCCAAGCUCCAAUGAUGAGUCAGACCUGGAGAGGGUGAAGCAGGAGCUUCUGGAAGAGGUGAGGAAGGAAUUGCAGAAAAUGAAAGAGGAAAUAAUUGAAGCCUUUGUCCAAGAGUUGAGGAAGCGGGGCGCCCCCUGACCACAGGGUCCUGGAAGAUCCCGUUUCUCCUUUCUGCACCCGGCCUGUCACCCUGCUUUCCCUGCUUCCACUUGACUUGGAAUUGGCUGAAGACAGCACCGGAAUACAGGAAUGCAUCUUUCCCACUCCCCAUCCCACUUGGAAAAUGCCAGGGGGUGUGGCUUCCCUGGCACCAGGCCUACACCCAUAUUGGCUGCUGAUUGGCUGGGGAGGCCCCCACCCUGUGCUCCCUUUGGUGUCCCCCCCCCUACCAUCCCCUUGGGGCUGGUUCCUCUGCUGGGGAUGUACCAAUUAACCCCACAGUAAGGGGGAAGAAAGGAGGGAAUUUCUCAUUCCCUUGUUCUAGAUUCACUUUAACGCUUAUGCCUUCGAUUUUUUUUUUUUUUUUUAAGAAAAUAUAUAUAUAUAUAUUUGGGUUUGGGGGGGAAAGGGAAAUUUUUUUCCUCUUUGGUUUUGAUAAAAUGGGGUGGGGUGUGGGGGGGUUUAAAUGCUAUAGGCCCAAGCUUGUCCUAUUGAGGACGGCUAUUUAAAGGGGGGAUGUCCCACUAGGCUGGGGGUGCCUCCCCCUACCCGGGACUUCCCUUCCAGCUGGCUCCUUCCCCUUUUCUAUAAGGAAUUAAGAUGCUGUAACUUUUGGAACCUCAGUUUUUUUGGGUUUUUUUUUUUUUUUUUUUAAUUUGGCUAGAUUUUGGGUCCAGACCAUUUUUACCCCUAGGGAAAAUAAGAAGAGGGGAAAAAGGAAAAGUGGGGAGAAUGCACCCCUCAACCACCUUCACCAUUAGCUUCUUGAAAAUGGGCCCCUGCGGAAUAAAUCUGGCAGUUUUUAUAAAUGCUAAGAUUUCUGGAGUGAUUUGGAGGACUGUGCAGCUGGGGGGGGGGUCCCUCACUCCCUCCAUCUAACCCUCAUCUUCUUCCUUCCACCCUACACCUCUACUGGUUUCCUCAAGCUGCUCCCUGUAGCCAGAUGGUCUCUGCCCCUCUCCCUCUCCAAACCCUCUCCAGGCAUUUCCCUCCCUCCUCCCCACCCUGCCUCCCCAGGUGAGAAAGCCAAGCCUGGGCAGCCCCUUCUUCAGCCUCUGGGUCUCUUUCUCCAUCUAGGAAAGGGCUCAUAAGAGGACUGUGCACUUUUCAGCUUCUCUCCUGACUUUAAUGAGCCCUGUGCCCACUUUGCAGAUGUACACCAUGGUGCUGAGACACUUUCUUAGUGACUUGUUUACCUCAGAGCUCCUUUAAUUAUAAAACAUUUACAGGCUAAAAAAAAAAAUAAAAGAAAGAAUAGAAUUCAGAAGUCACGGAGCUCGCACACCCCCCUCAGCAGUUCAGUGGCUUUGCAGGGGGUGGUUGGGGUGGGGAACUUUGCCUGGUGGAAUGUUCCACUUGGAUGAGGCUGGGAAACUUCCAGGCGGAGGGGCAGGUGGUCCCACAAGAAGAAGGCUGCGUGGAGCAGGAGCUGGGGGACCGAUCCGGAGGCAUGAAGGGCAGGGAACCCCCGAGUGUCCCGAGGAGCAGGUCUGGGUGGAAGAUGGUGGGCGUGACAGUGACCCAUGCAGUAGGGGAACGGGUGGGUGCCCAUGAGCAGCCAGUGGGAAAGGCAACAAGAUGUCCAGCACUUCUGGACAGGUGAGCUGGCCAAUACUGGAGUCAGAAUGAGGCAGCCCCAGGCGGGACUGCGUUUUCUUCCUCAGGCACCCACCACCUGCAGGACACAGGAGGCGGGGGAGGGUGGGUUCUGGUGGCACCCAGAAGCCUGCACAGCCUGUGGCUCAGAGGGUUGUGCAAGAACUAAUGUGUGUUGGGGGUGGGAGGCUUGUCUGGGCACCAUCCUUUCCAAGAGGGGAGGGCCCGAGUUGAGGGACCAACGCUGGAGUGAAGGCAGGAGCCCCUGGUGCCUAAUGCUCUCCUAUCGCCCCCCCACCUUCUGCACGGGCGGAGUGAGGUAGACCAUGGGGGGCGGGGUGCUCUGCCAGUGUCUGCGUUUUCACUGCAAUAGCCUUACUACCAAUGAGGGGGCACGGGGUGUUCUGCUGUGAUGGAUGAGGGUCCCUAGGUAAGGACCACGCCUCAGGUGGGCGGGGGUGAGUGACUGAAGAGGGGAGACAGGUGUGCUGCUGCCCGCCCUUGGAGCAGUGGGCGACCGGCAGACCCUGCCUGUCUCGUCCCAGGGG